AUGGCUCCAACUCCUUCAACUCCGGUGACUCGAGAGGAGAUCGAAACGACAUUCGCUGCAAUGUGCACUGAACAAAAACCGAAUCUUCUGAAAAUAUCUCAACUGAAAAUGGUGCUCCGUGCUCUCGGAUACGAUCCACGCAACACGACUGUUCAAGAAAUGACGAGAAAGAUAAAGGAUGGAAGAAGCAAAUUGAUGUGUUGGCAUGGAGAGAAAGACUACAUGGAUGUCGAUGAGUUGUGGACUGCAUUGCAAUCAAAAGAUGAUGAAGACACUACAGAAGACAAGUUUACAGUCGAAAUGAGAUCAGCAUUCAAACUGUUUGAUCCAGAGUGCAAGGGAGUCAUCACAGUUGAGAAUUUGAAGAUGGUUGCCAGAGAACUUGGAGAGACUUUGGGCGACGCCGAGUUCGACGAAAUGAUCCGUGAGGCCGGCGGCGACAAGAAAACUGGAAUCAACGAGCAACAGUUUUUCGAAAUCAUGAAGAAGACUUGCCUCUACUAG